CUCCAAUCACCCCUCCCCCGCCCCCGCCAUCGCACCUCAGCUACGAAUUUUGACUGUCAAAGGCGUUAUCGCAGCUCUGUGACUCACAAACAGACAACGACAACCAACACCGAAUCUCUCAUCAAUCAUUACGAGCAUACGUAGAGUGAUUGAUAUACCAGAUCGCCGAAAAUGGCUUCACAAUCACCCGUUCUGCCCGAGGAGGGCAAGCGCAACAUCCUAAUUACCAGUGCCCUUCCCUACGUCAACAACAUUCCCCAUCUGGGCAACAUCAUCGGCAGUGUUCUCUCCGCCGAUGUCUUUUCUCGCUAUUGCAGAGCACGAGGCUGGAACACCAUCUACGUUUGUGGUUCCGACGAGUACGGUACUGCUACCGAGACAAAGGCCCUCGAGGAAGGACUCUCGCCUGCCGACCUUUGCGCCAAGUAUCACGCCCUUCACAAGGGAGUCUACGAUUGGUUCCGAAUUGACUUCGACAUCUUCGGCCGAACACCCACCCAACAACAGACGCAGAUUGUGCAGCAGAUUUUCAAGGAGCUUUGGAAGAAUGGCUAUAUUGAGGAGCGAGAGACUACUCAACCUUUUUGUUCGGAUCCUGCCCACGGCAAGUUCCUCGCAGAUCGAUUCGUCGAGGGAGAAUGCAGCAUUUGCCAUGAUCUCGGAGCCCGUGGAGAUCAAUGCGAUGCCUGCGGUAGUCUUCUCGACCCAUUUGAGCCCGAUCGCGAACCCAGCACCUCUGAUGAUGACCAUGUCGAGGCCAAAGCGACUGGUUUCCUAAUCAACCCCCGCUGCAAGGUCGAUGGAACCACCCCCGAGAAGCGAAAGACGAAGCACCUUUUCCUUCGUCUAGAUGCGGUUAAGGACUUGCUCGUUCCCUGGUUCCAUAAGAGCAGCAAGGAGGGAGACUGGAGCACAAAUUGUAUUUCCAUCACCCAGUCAUGGAUCGACAAGGGACUCCUUCCCCGUGGUAUCACUCGAGACCUCAAGUGGGGUGUUCCUAUUCCUAAGGAUCUCGAAGGUUUGAGUAAUGAGGAGUAUGCGGAGAAGGUCUUCUAUGUUUGGUUCGAUGCCUGCAUUGGCUACGUCUCUAUUACCAAGAAUCUGGUUGAUGGCGAUAACUUGGAUGGCACGAACUGGGAGAAGUGGUGGAAGAACCCUGAGAACGUCAAGCUUUACCAGUUCAUGGGUAAGGACAACGUGCCAUUCCACACUAUCAUCUUCCCUGCCUCUCAACUUGGAACAGGAGAGAACUGGACCAAGGUCCACAAGAUGUCGACAACCGAAUAUCUCAACUACGAGGGCGGAAAGUUCAGCAAGUCCCGCGGCGUUGGAGUUUUUGGAAACACUGCUAAAGAGACUGGCGUUGAUCCUGAUGUUUGGCGAUACUACCUUCUAUCCAGACGGCCUGAGUCCGCUGACUCUGAGUUCAAAUGGCAAGAGUUCAUUGACUGCAACAACAACGAUCUUCUCAAGAACCUUGGCAACUUGAACCAACGAAUCCUCAAGUUCACUCAGGCCAAGUUGGAUGGUGUCGUUCCCGACUACACAAAAUACACCGACGAGCGGCUAGAGGAACAUAAGAAGGAAGUGAACGAGGCCCUCAAAACCUUUAUCUCACAGUUCGAUGCCAUCAAGCUCCGCGCUGGCCUUGCCACUGUUAUGCACAUCUCCGCCCUUGGCAACAAACUUCUGCAGGACAGCAAGCUGAACAACCAGCUUCUGGCUGAUGAGCCAGACCGUUGCGCUGCUGUAAUUGGUCUCGGUAUCAACCAUCUCCAGCUCCUUGCAAGCAUCGUUCAUCCUUAUAUGCCCUCUACUUCCGAGGCCAUCCUGGAGCAGAUCGGCAGCCCUGGCUUGAUCUCAAUUCCUGAGACAUGGUCAGGAGACCUCGUCAAGCCCGGCCAAAAGAUUGGCGAGCCUAAGCUUCUCUUCACACAGAUCCCCGCAUCUAAGCUUGAUGAGUGGCGUGAGGCCUUUGGUGGUGAGGAGAUCCGAAAGCAAAAGGCCCUCGAGGCGGAGAAGGCGGCGGCGAAGAAGGCUGCUAAGGACAAGAAGAAGCAAAAGAAGCUCGCUCUUCGUCAAGCUGAGAAGGCAGGUGAAGCUUCCACCGAGGAGAAGCCUGCCAAGGAGAAGUCCGCAGAGGAAAAGAAGCCUGUUGAGGCCUCUGCUGUUGAUUUGCUUCCCGACAACAAGCCCUCUUAGACAUAGAUGCAAGUACACCAGAGUGAAUCGGAGUUGGCGUUAGCAAAAAGAAAUUGACUGUGUAUGGACGGUGUAUGAGGAGUAGCUUAGAAAUCAGCAUAGGUUGCCGAGCUUAUUUUGAAGGUUUGCCGAACUGUAGAGUAGAUUCUCAAAUCAACUUAUGAGGAAUGACUAGAGCAUGAGCUAGAUGGCUGUUGAAUUUAGUGUACAAUAUGUUUUAAGUUUAUGUCAAGUUUUCCUUCAGACUCUAUCCUGCGCCCUUCAUGAGUUCAAGG